CUUUAUUUUAACCAUUUAGUUUAAAGAUUAUUUUUGAAACACAAAGUCAAUGCUCGAAAUUGCCUUAAGACUGUACCAAAGAGUAAGAGUGAGGGUGGAUUGGAUCUGUCGAGCCGAUGUCGUUGCCUUUUCUACGUGCUAACUUCUGUAUAGAUAGCUUGGUAUUAUUUGGUGCCAUAAUUCUAAUAUUUGUUCUAACUGGAUUCGGCCCUUGAGGCUUGAGGCAAAUUAACCGAGUACAGAUGGUGAAUGAUGACGGUAAUCCGAUUCAAGUUUUGGGUUCUAGUGAAUUCUUUUCAUUUUCAUGGCACCUUCAUGAUUACCCGCCAACUCUGUGUCAAAACCCUCCAUAGUUACACCAAGCAACAGUCGUCUUGUCCCCAAAAUAUUCACGCACCUAAACAUGCUCACCACCUAUUCGACCAUACUACUCACCCAAAUGCUCUCUCCGUUAACCGUUCAAUGCUUGAUUCUUUGCACAAAAACCUGCCAUUUCAAGCACAUGGCAUCUUCAAGCAUCAUCUCCAACUGGGUUUCAUCAAUUACAUCGAUGAAGUUACUGUUGCCCUUGCCGUCAAGGCUUGUCGUGGAGACAUGGAACUCGGGCGCCAGAUUCAUGGCUUUGCGAUUACUUCUGGGUUUGUUUCAUAUGUUACGGUUCCUAAUUCGAUAAUGAAUAUUUAUUGCAAAGAUAAGCAGUUGGAUAAGGCUCUGAUUAUCUUUGAGAAGCUGGAUAACCCAGAUAUUGUUUCUUGGAAUACUAUACUUUCUGGGUUUCAGAAGAUUGACGACGCGUUGAGAUUUGCUCUGAGGAUGAAUUUGAAUGGGAUUGUUUUUGAUGCAGUAACUUAUACUACUGUUCUUGCUCUAUGUUUGGACUAUGAAGGGUUUCUUUUCGGAUUGCAAUUGCAUUCUCUGAUAAUAAAAUCCGGAUUGGAUUCCGAAGUUUUUGUUGGCAAUGCUUUGGUAACAAUGUACUCGAGAUGGGGACGGUUGGUGGAAGCUAGGAGAGUGUUUGACGAAAUGCCAAAUAGAGAUUUAGUUUCCUGGAAUGCAAUGCUAUCGGGAUAUAGUCAGGAAGGAAAUUAUGGGUUAGAAGGAAUUUUGGCAUUUAUUGAGAUGAUGAGAGAAGGGAUGAGUCUUGAUCAUGUCUCAUUUACUAGUGCAGUUUCAGCUUGCGGGCAUGAGAGAAACUUAGAGCUUGGGCGACAGAUUCAUGGUUUGUGCAUAAAAACAGGAUAUGGAGCUCAUGUGUCAGUUGGUAAUGUUCUGAUCUCAACAUAUUCCAAGUGUCAGGAAAUUGAAGAUGCAAAAUUAAUUUUUGACAGAAUGAAAGAACGGAAUGUAGUGUCUUGGACAACAAUGAUAUCUCUGAAUGGAGAAGAUGCUGUUGCUUUGUUUACUAAGAUGAGAUUAGAUGGAGUAUGUCCAAAUGAUGUGACUUUUGUUGGAUUAUUACAUGCUAUAACAACCCAGAACUUGGUAGAAGAGGGUCGAAAGAUUCAUGGGAUUUGUAUUAAGAUUGGCUUUUUAUCUGAAUCAAAUGUCUGCAAUAGUCUCAUUACUAUGUAUUCAAAAUUUCAGACCAUGCAAGACUCAAUGAAGGUUUUCAAGGAGCUUGACUAUAGAGAAGUUAUUUCAUGGAAUGCUUUGAUUUCCGGGUAUGCUCAAAAUGGAUUAUGUCAAGCAGCUUUAGAGACAUUCUUUUAUGCAAUAAUGGAGUCCAAGCCAAAUCAAUACACCUUUGGCAGUGUCUUGAAUGCAAUUGGUGAUGCUGAGGAUAUAUCUCUAAAACAUGGCCAACGUUGCCAUUCUUGUAUAAUAAAGCUUGGACUAAACACUGACCCAAUUGUCUCUGGUGCUCUCCUUGACAUGUAUGCUAAACGUGGAAGCAUUUGUGAGUCACAAAAAGUUUUCAGAGAGACUCCUCAAAAAAGCCCAUUUGCUUGGACUGCAGUAAUCUCUGCCCACGCGAGGCAUGGAGACUAUGAAUCAGUGAUGAACUGGUUUAAAGAGAUGGAGAGAGAAGAGGUAAAACCUGAUUCAAUCACCUUUCUAUCUGUUUUGACAGCUUGUGGUAGAAAGGGAACUAUUGAUAUAGGCCUUCAGCUUUUCGAUACAAUGAUAAAAGAGUAUCGGAUUGAACCAUUCCCGGAGCAUUACUCUUGCAUGGUGGAUAUGUUAGGGCGUGCAGGACGACUAACGGAGGCAGAAGAGCUGAUGGAUCAGAUUCCAGGAGGGCCAGGCAUAUCUGUGCUGCAAAGUUUACUGGGUUCUUGUAGGAUUCAUGGGAAUGUGGAGAUGGCAGAGAGGGUAGCUAAUAUUUUAAUGGAGAUGGAGCCUAUGGGGUCAGGCUCAUACGUGCUGAUAUCCAAUUUGUAUGCUGAGAAGGGAGAGUGGGAAAAGGUGGCAAAAGUUAGGAGAGGGAUGAGAGAGAAGGGAGUGAAGAAGGAGGUGGGAUUUAGCUGGGUGGAUGUUGGUGACAGCAAAAGUAGUUUGUCACUCUAUGGAUUUUCAUCAGGUGAUAUGUGUCACCCAGAGUCUGAGGAUAUAUAUAGAAUGGCUGAAUGUCUGGGAUUAGAAAUGAAAUCUUUGAAGGAAAAGGAGGAAGAGGAAGAGGAAGAGGAAGAGGAAGAGUGGGAGAGAGCAGUCGGGACAUAAGACUUCUGUAGCAUGGAAAGCUUGGAGUCCCGCAGGUCUCCUGGGAGAGUUUUUACUUGCUGAUAUUCAUAGGGAUUUCGAAAUUUCUCUCCUUAAUUUUUGGGGUAAAGAAGUAAAUUUCGUUUAUUUAUAAAGAAAGGAGGAAAACAACACAAAGAGUGUUAUACAAAACUAUGCUAUUUCUCAAGCACAUU